AUGGUUUCUGUGUCUGAUGUAUCUGCCCUCAAAGCUCAUGUAGUCAACAUCACCGGUCCAUUAGUUCGAGUGCUCGGAGAUCGUUAUCCUCCAAAUGUCAAGUCGACACAUUACUUCGUCCGUUCCUUCCCCCAACUACAGUCUACGUUCCUCAAAGCCUUGCAGGAUCCAACUUCGCGACCUGUGCGACUAGGAGCUCUUGCACGCCUGUUACGCAUUCAUCUGAAACCAGAGCCACUUGUCACUGAAAUCCUGAAAAUGCUAGCCCAUUCACAAGACCAAGCUCUUCUAGAGACUACGUUUGUUGCUGCUCGAGCGCUUGUUGGCAAAAUUGCAAAUCCGUUGUCUGAGGCAACCAUACAAGAAGGCUAUCGAGUGUGCGAACUCCAAUACACGGUGCCUUUGGAUACUCCAACUGAGCUCGAUACAUCACUAACUGUGUGCAGCGGAGCUCUGUAUGGAGAGCUGGCGAUAAGGACGAAGGAAUUCUGCUCGAAGAAUAUAUUCCGAGAUGUAGAAAGCUGCUCAAAGCCACGGGUGAGGCAUGCAAUGGCAAUAGCUCUGCAACAGAUGUGUCAGACUGAUGCGUCUACCGUAUGGUCUGAAGCAGAGAGCGCUUGUCGAUCAGCCCUCACGGCUGCAUUCACUGCGGAAACUCCUGUUGCAUGUGCCGCUUUACGCGCUGCGGCGCACAUUCUAAUC